AUGUCACCAAUCUCGUUCUACAACAAUCGUUCGAAGCUCAAUGUUCAUUACCAUCCACCGAAAACGGAGUUCACAAACCAACAUCAAUGUUCAACUGCAAAAUUUGAAUAUGAAAAUUUACAUAUAUUAGCCAAACGAGAAACUCUUCCGUUCAGUGAACAAGGACAAUUCAAUGAUCGAGUUAUAUGUGCAAAUAAACGUAUCCCUGAAACAAUUAUACAUUGUUCAGUAAAUAAUCGAGUAUAUGAUAGAGCAAUGAUACAAAAAUCUUCAACAACUGAAAAUAUUUCUAUACCACGCCCGUUGAAUAUGCACAUGUAUCGAUUACCAACCUCGUCUUCGUCGAAAGAGAUUAGGCCGACGGAUUAUCGGCCAAUAAUCACUCAGGGGCGUCGCAAAUUCGGUGCAAUCCCAACUUCGUCAUCCCUGGUCAUAAUGAAAAAGAAAUCGCCAUCGCCGAUGCAUUCUACUUCAUCCAUUCAGAAACCAAUGACUCGUUCUAUUCCAGUCGAUAUUAUAAGUAAUAAUAUGGCAAUAGUUGUUAGUUCGAUGAUACCAUUAUCUUAUUCUUCUUCUUCUUCCUCUCCGCCAUCGUCGACCUCAGCUGCGUCGGCAAACGUCGGAACCGUUUUCCUACCAAUUCAAGUGACAAAAAGCCAAAACAACAAUAAGAACAACAACAACAACAACAGGAACAGCAAUAAUAAUAAUAGUAAUAAUAGCAACAAUCGUAUUAACUAUAGCAAUAUCAAUAUUGGAAAUGAAGGCCAACGAUGUUAUCAACAUUAUGUACAAAAUCAACCGGAACGGCAACAAAUCUUUCUCUUUCCACAAGUCAAAAGUUCAAACCAUUGGGAUGACGAGUUCGAUGAAUCAAGAAGAAUCUCUUCUUCAUCUUCCACCGGUGGAGAAGGUAAUCAGCAAUAUCGAUCAACUUUAAUCAUGGAUUCGAAUGUUCUGCGUUUGAUUCGUCGUUAUGAUCCAGGAAGUUCCAAUACUACUGGAAUCGUACCACGUACGGCGUUGGACACUACUCGAAAUAUCUGGCAUACGGUUGCAUCGAAAAUCGACUACAUACAACCGUCCGAAUCGUCUUCGUUUCUAUUAAAUCGAUCACAAACGGGCAUCUACGACGAUGAGAUACCUUUGAGGCAAUCGUCACUACCACGUCUUCAACGACAAGAAGCUAUUUACGAUGUGGAGCCGGCAUCGAAUCCAGUCAAUUCAUUACGACCUAUACUUAAAUAUGGAUCAUCGAGAUCACGUUCGGAAUUUUUUGUUGAUCCCCAUGUGAAUGAAUCGUUUAAAGGAGAAAGUGGAUUACCUAUCAAUGAAAGUGCUGCCACAUAUCAACCAUUAACUCCUUCAGGAACAAAACGUGUAUGUUCAGCGUUAAGUAAAUCUGAAUGGGAUUUACGUUUGCAACAAGAACAAUCACCUCCACCAUUACCAAUUCGUCCGUCAUCGCCGAUAAUGACUAAUCCAGAGCAGGAAAAAGAAUCUUACCGACCUGUACUUGGCCGUAGUAAAAGUUCAGUGGAUAUCAACAAUAAAACUGAUGAUGACAACUCAAAUGAACCUUCCUUGCCGGUCAUUGACGAUGGUUCAUGUGUAGAAAAGCUGAAGCAGUUAUUCGUAACAAAAACACCACACGAUCCACCUGGCCAUCAACGAAACAACUCAACAGAUUCAAACUCAAAUUCAAACCAACGUCAAAAUUCGAUUCAUAAUAAUACCAAUACCAGUAAUAACAAUACUAUUAAUAGUAAUAGCAAUAAUAAUAGAUUAGAUCAGUCGUCUGUAUUACCGAAAACAACACCUUCAAUCAAUACCAUUGGAUCUGAUCAACGUCAUAUUAAUAAACCAACGAUCAUCGUUCGUGAUGUUACACCACAAUUUCCUUCAUUUAAAAAACCAUCUACGUUCCAACAACAAACUUUCAGCAGUCUGGAAUCAGUUAAUCGCCCGAAUAACGGUAAUACAAUGUCUCCAUCUGAACUCGCCUACGACACGUACCGUAUGUGUCGUUUAAAUGAGCACGAUCUCAUCAACACACGUACGAAAAAUAUCGCCAAAGUCGAGCCGUAUUCCAUCAACACGAAUACAGUUCGUCCGUACUAUCAAUCAUCAUCAGCAAUAUUACAACCCAUUUCAAUGACAAAUAAAUUGCCAGCAAUAACAACAACAACAGCAGCUAUACCAUCAAAAGGACGUAUUAAUCUUAAUAGUAUGGAAAACACGCCUACGAAUUCAUCAGUGAAUUCUAAUAUCCGCCAACCUCAUGUCCACCAUUCAGAUUUUCUUGUACCUAAUCCAUCCUAUCCGAAGCCAUCACCACCGCCUCUGUCGAAUUCAUCUUCAUAUACAACACCACCGGUUCUACUAUCCGAAUCACUUUCACAUGGAUCAUUACACCAACUACCAACUGUUACUUCGCCAUCAUUCAAUGGACGCACUGCCGGCUUGACUUCAUCAAGACAUAAUUCUCCGUCGAUGCGGGCAGAUUUUCAAUCAAGCAUAAACACAUCGAGUAAUAACUAUAAUUUUAACCCUCCGACAUCGUAUCACUAUCGUCCAGCAUCCUUAACGACAACUAUCAUUAACAAUAGUCGACAAGGAUCGGAUCUACCUAAACGUUCGAAUUUUAUUGAACAAGCGCCGCCACCGGCUCCACCGUUGCCUGUUGUGGAAGAUUUGAAUAACGAUGGUCAAGCACAUCAGUCGCGUCGUCGUUUCCAAAGACGUAAACAAAUGAAACGUUCGAAAAGUGUUGAUUUAUAUCAAGAACCUUCAUUAUUUGCUUCUCCAACGAAUAUGCAUGAUUCGUCUCGAUCUUUUCGACAUCCACGUUCGAUAAGUCGAGAGAAUCUCGCUCGACAAGAAGAUUUAACAUUAUCAUCAUCUUCUUCCUCUUCAUCCUUAACCGACGAUAUUGAGCGUACUAACCGUGCGGCUUUACUUCGUUAUAAAUCACUCGAGUCAAUGACAUUUCAUAAUCAAAGUCGCAUCUCGAAUAGAAAAUCAACCGAUGAUUAUCGACGACCCUUCACAAAACCGAAACAAUACGAUUUUGACAGUGACGAUUCUGUCUGUGGUAUACCGAAACCGCGCAAGCCAAUUGGACGCUGA